GUUAACACACACAUACACACACACAUACACACACACACACAGGCAUACACUCACACACUCGGCCCUUCGUCCUUUAACUCUCGCACACUUCCUUCAGGUGUGUGAAGCUGUAGCCAUGGCAGAGAUACAGGAUGAAACCAACAAACUCAGCUUCUGGAUGCCGGGUAACUAUGCCCAUACAGUACACAGGACUCAAGACUCAUUCCAGGUGUGUGAUAUCAUUGUGGACUGUUUUAAAGACCGGGCUCGAGUGGAGAAACACUAUGCUCAACAACUCACUGAGUGGAGCAACAAGUGGAAAAAAAUAACUGACUCCAGACUGAUGUAUGGUUCCCACUUGAGGGCAUGGCAGUGUUUUUUCUCCUCUGCUGAGCGUCUGUCUGUUCUGCACACAUCUAUCUCUCACUCCCUUGUUUCGGAGGAUGGACAGCACAUUCGUUCCUGGCAGAAGGACGCUUUUCCGAGGAAGAUGUUUUGUGGUUUUCGUGAAUCACAUGACCUGAAGCGAGAGUUUGCACGUGCUCAGAAGCCUUGGAUCAAAAAACUCAAGAAGCUGGAGAAAGCACGACGGGCCUAUCAUAAAUCGUGUCAGAAGGAGCAGAAUGUGUUGAAUAAAGAAUGUCAGGCCAAAAACAGUGUCAACCAAAAUGAACACACACUCGCCAAAAUCCAGCAGGCCAAGAAGACGGCGGGACAGGACAGAGAACACGCUCGUGAACACUAUGUGAAGGUUCUGGAUGAUCUGAUUGGCUACACUCCACGCUACAUGGAGGAAAUGGAGUCAGUGUUUGACCAAUCACAGGAGCAGGAAAGAAAGAGGAUCAGCUUUCUGAAAAACACUCUGCUGUCCAUACACACACAUCUGGACAUCACCAACAAUCACAGUGUGAAGGCUGUGUACAGUGACCUGUUACACGCGCUCAUGUCCAUCAACGAACAGGAAGAUUUGCACUGGUGGAGAAACAACCACGGGCCAGGAAUGAACACAAACUGGCCCACACUGCAGGAGUGGGUUCCUCCAUCUAAGAAGCAGAAACAUAUAAAGAAACCAAAUCCACAGAUUGAGGAGGGAAAAGGUGUAAUGAUUGGAGGAGUGCGUGUUCGAGCUCUGUAUGCUUACACUGGGGAGGCUGAGGAUGAGCUGUCAUUCAAAGCAGGUGAAGAGUUUCUGAAGGUGGAGGACGAAGAUGACCAGGGCUGGUGUCGUGGAGUUAAAGAAGGGGGAGUGGAAGGCUACUAUCCAGCCAAUUAUGUUCUGCCAGUGCAGUGACAUCAUCACUCUGCACAGUUACUGACAUCACAAAGGGGGCAGGGCUUAUGCUGUGAUGUUUGAAAGUCGUUAUGGAAACUGUCAGUCAGAAUUGAUAAAUAGUGUGCUUCAGUGAGUCUCGGAAGUUUAUUAGCUAGCAGGGGGUGAUAAAGAACAACAAACUAAUUUAUUAGUGUGAUUUUGAGGUGUUUUAUUGGAAUAAUUUAAACAAAUUUUAUUAAUAUACUGAAUAUACACUGCAUCCUGAUUAAUAUUCAUAAGUCAGAUUUAUCAUUAUUUACAAAAGGGCUCUAAUUAAUUCUGCUAAAAAACCACAGACACACACACACACACACACACACACACAAACAGAUUAUAAAUUCUUGCUGCCCCCUGUUGGACAAAAUGAGCAGUGUGUUAACCUGAAAGAGUUGUGAGAUGUUUCAUAAAUUUCUCCUGAAAUUACACCAUUUCUUACAGUGCCUUUAUUUGGCAUUUUAUUUUUUUCUGUUGUUACUGUUUCAUUUGUUCUAUUAAAUAAAUAAACCACCAUCUCUGCA